CUGCAUACGAUUCAUUCAUUCGAAUAAGAAUGUAUAUAAAAAAUAUGUUGUGUUUCUUGAAUUUCAUUUGAGCUCAUCGUUGAUAAUCACUUUAGUUUUGAUUGUUCAGAGCUUCUUUUUUAUGUUAGUUGGUUAUAUAUCAAUGAGCGAUUGCAAUCAAUCAAUUCCAAAGUUAAGCAUUGCCAUUCUUGUAGUCGGAACGAGAGGCGAUGUUCAACCUUUUCUCGCGGUGGCAAGGAAACUUCAGGAAUACGGUCAUUGUGUGAGAUUGGCAACUCACUCUGAGUUUAGGGGAUUGGUGAAGUCGGCUGGAGUAGAUUUUUACCCAAUUGGUGGAGAUCCUCGUGUUAUAGUUGAAGGUUUCGUCAAGACUCAAAAGAUACUACUAACUAGUUGGCAAGAUAUAGCCAUACAGUUGAAACAACUAAAGGCUGUUAUGGAAUCUCUUCUUCAAGCCUGCACUCAACCCGACCCGAUAACCGGGGACUCAUUUAGGGCCCAAGCUAUUAUUGCUAACCCUCCUGCUUACGGACGUGUAGAUGUGGCUGAAGCGCUUGGUGUUCCCCUCCACAUCUUCUUCACAGUUCCAUGGACGCCUACAUGUGCAUUUCCUCACCCUUUCAUACCCCACAUAUCUCAUAGAGCUGGAAAUUGGCUAUCAUAUUUUGUUGUUGAUAUACUGAUAUGGUGGGGGCUAAGAGGUUACAUUAACAAGUUAAGGAAAAACAAGCUGAACCUUAGCCCUAUCAAUGGACUCUUGGACACAAACCAAGUCUCAAUUUCUCAUCUCCCAACAACUUACAUGUGGAGUCCAUGUGUGCUGCCCAAGCCCAAUGAUUGGGGCCCUCUAGUUGAUAUUGUGGGUUACUGCUUUGUGGAUCUUGGAAGUAAAUAUGAGCCUCCUCAAGAAUUACUUCAGUGGUUGCAAAAGGGAGCUGCACCUAUUUAUAUCGGGUUUGGGAGCAUGCCUCUUGAAAAUCCAGAAAAAACUAGGAAUAUUGUUUUGGAGGCAUUGAAGAACACAGGACGGAGAGGGAUUGUUGAUCGAGGGUGGGGAGGCCUCGCCACUCCAGAUGCACAAGAUGUAGCCGAAGAUGUUUUUCUGCUUACUAUUGAUUGCCCUCACGAUUGGUUGUUUCCUCAGUGUUGCGCUGUGGUUCAUCACGGGGGAGCUGGAACAACGGCAACAGGACUGAAAGCGGGGUGUCCGACCACAAUCGUACCAUUCUGUGGUGAUCAAUCGUUGUGGGGAGCCAUAAUAUAUGAGAGAGGAGUGGGACCUGCUCCUAUUCCUAUAGCACACCUUAGUGUGGAAUCCCUAUCAAAGGCCAUUAGAUUCAUGCUCCAACCUGAGGUCAAGUCUCGAGCAGUGGAUGUAGCUGUCAGUGUUAGAGAUGACGAUGGUGCAGCUGCUGCACUUGACUCGUUUCAUCGCCAUCUUCCGUUAGGCCUUCCGUUGGCAAAACCGGAACAAGGCGAUCAUGUGCAAACCGUUUUUGGUUAUCUUGCUAGAUUUUGCUGCCGAUUUUGUGCUCCAUUGCUUGGAUGUUUUCUUUCUUCCUAGUACAUAUGCAUUUGUUGUUAUUCUUGCAUGACCAAUAUUUAGUAAUUUAAGCUUCAA